AUGAUGGCGUUCCAGUCAGCCAUUGAUGAUUGUGAGUUAAGAGAUAUGGGGUUCUUGGGUGACCAAUUCACGUGGUAUCGUGGACGCACCAGGGAAAGGUUAGACAGGGGUCUAAUUAAUAAUACAUGGAGCAUUAUGUAUCCACAUGCGGCGCUACAGAAUCUGGGUUAUAAUCAUUCUGAUCACAGACCGUUGCUAGUGGAUACAAAAUACUAUUCCCUGGUGGGUGGAUCCGACAAUCAGGUCAAUCACCUUGAAGCAAGAUGGAUUAAAGAAAGUGUUUUUAGUGAUCUGGUUGAGGAAACGUGGCCGCAGGUUGGAUCCAACCCGAACCUUGUAUCUGUUCAUGCUAAACUUAAUCGCAUGCACGAUAUGUUUCACGAUUGGGAUCCAAGGGUUCCCAAGAAGUCUAAGAAAAGAUUGAGAAAGGCACAAAGAGAUUUGGAGAAGAUAAUGACUGGCCCUAUGAAUGAUGAGAAAGAGGAGAAGAGAAAGGAGCUAUCCGAACAGAUAGAGUUUUUGUUAGAACUUGAGGAAAUUCACUAUAUGUAG